CAACUCCCUUUUGCUUCCUUCCCGGUGAACGAGGAAUCAAAGAGCGUCCUGGCCAGACCGGGAAGAACCGGGGCUUUCCCUCUCGAAUUCGAUUCCCACAAGCCUCUCUUCCUGUCCGGAGAACGGACGCUCUCUUCUCAGACACCUCUCACCUUCACAUCGCUCGAAUUUCGUUCACAGUGGCCAGUGUUAUUUACCAGUUUACUUACCGGUGUCUGUUACUUGGAUCCAGUGUCUUAUAAUUUACGACCAAAUAUUUACAUACCAAUAAAAAAUAGUCAGAAUAGGAGAGAAAGAAAGAAGACAUACAUGGAAGCUUUCAGCUAAAAAGAACAACAAUACCUUCAAAAUUUAGUGCCUAAUUGGAAGAUUUGUGUGAAUAAGAUUUCUGUGAUAUUUGAAUCUUUUCAAGAACGGAAAAGUGAGUUUCAUCAGAAGCGAUAAGUCUGGGUAACUGAUUGUGAACAUUAGUUCACUUCUAACUAUUAAAAUUUUAGAAUAUAUAGAAAAGACGAGGUCAGAAUCAAAAGAAAGGAUAUUUAAACUGAUAUUUGAAAUUACCUUCUUUGAUAAAAGGCUUUAACGGGCAGAUCAUCAGAAGCGACACAGAUUGUAAAGUCUAGUGGUAACACCGAAUGUCCCAGUAGCAAUUUAUCGCUUUGAGGAAGCUAACUUUUGAAGCAGUCAUGGAGGAAUUAGAAGUGCAACAGGAAUUGCAAGACCAGCUGGGGAACUUGUCUUUCUCGCCGCCACCGAUGAAGAAAUCUGAUACGAGGGACAGUAUCUCUUCGGUGGACAGUGAUGUGAGUCUUUCCUUUGAUCGAAGAGGAUCAAAGGGCGAAGAGGCUGACUUAUCCGACAGCGGAAGCUCAGAUUCCGACAGGAAGGCCGGCAAUCUGCACAAGAAACAAAAUAAGAACAGUGACCAAGACUCUGGUGCUGAUUCCUUUGACGAUAUUGUGCCUAGGGAACCGGAAAAUCAGAUUCCGAAGGAAAAGGUUUCAGCAACUCCAGUCGAAGACUUUGUGCCGCCGAAUGAUGAAUUAGCUGACAAGAUUUGCGCUCAAGUGGAGUUUUACUUCUCGGACGAAAACAUCGUCAAGGAUGCAUUCCUGCUGAAACACGUGAAGAGGAACAAGGAAGGCUACGUGUCUUUAAAACUAAUCUCAAGUUUCAAGAGGGUCAAACACCUCAGCAGAGACUGGAGAGUGGUCGGCGCAGCUCUGGCGAGAUCGAAGAAGCUGGAGGUGAACGAACAGGGAACCAAGUUGCGGAGAAUUGAUCCUUUGCCACCCUUCGAUCAGACUACACCUUCGAGAACAGUCCUGGCAGCGAAGUUGCCCGUCCAAAGGUUGUCAGUCGAGUCUGUAGCGGAACUCUUCAAGCCUUGUGGAGAAAUUGCCCUUAUCAGAGUCCUCAGGCCUGGUCAUCCUGCACCUGCAGAGGUACGUCAGGCGAUCGCCAAGAGACCGGAUUUAGCAUCGAGCGACGAGUGUGCGAUGAUCGAGUUCAUCGACUCGGCCUCGGCAAGAAUGGCCUUGCAGUUGUCUUUGGGAGAAGCGAAGAUUUAUGCGCUUCAACAGCCAGCAGAUAAGAAGAAGAAGCAGCAACAACCUCCUAAGAAGAAUCCUGUUGCAAGGGUCUCUCGAGAAGAGACUUACAAUUCUUCAAGUUGUGCCAGCGGUUCUGAGAACGAAGAGGGCAAGUCGAGGCAUCGAAGGCAAAUGUAUAAUCAUCCAGUUUAUCACGUCUACACCGGAGGACAUCCUUAUCAACGUAAGGACAAACCAAUACCAAACCGAGUUUACUGUGAUAAUUCAGAAAGUUUGAUAAUUCCAAAUAAUAAUCAUUGUUCUUCAGCCGGUCCCCCUUCACCAGAAGCUUGGAUGCCUCGAAGAGUUUCUUCAUGUUCAAUGCCUGGUCCCGACAAUGGUUUACUCCUCCGUCGACUUUCCUCCUGCUCUGGUUCAGGUUCAGAUAAUGGAAAUUUCAACAGAAGAUUUUCCUCGUGUUCCUCAAGUUCUGAAAACGGUUACUAUCAUGCGGUCUAUCCUCCAGGAUAUUAUCCACAAAAUCGUAGAUUCUCUUGUUGUUCGGGGUCUGGUUCUGGUUCCGGUUCCGAUUGCAGCGGAGUAUGUUUUAAUCCUGCUCGUCGAGGUUCCGGAGACUGUGGACCAUUUCUCAGACGACUUUCUGCGUGCAGCAGGGAUUCAGGAUAUGAAGUGGGGACGAGAAGACUGUCUUCUUGCUCUUCUAGUUCCGAAACAGGAUUUUUCCGUCCAAGAAGUAAUAGUGGCAUUGUUGUCACUCAUCUUCCAGAAAAUAUUACGAGACUUCCUUCCGGCCCCGACGGGACUCGGGGAUUCGGUAGACCGCCUAGGAUGAAUCCAAUGGCGACUCCGAUGGAACCGGCUUGUUAGGAAAUUUUUAGUUUUUAAAUCGAAGUGUUUCGUCGUCACGAAAAUUCGAGACUAGUCGAUCCACUUUUCCAGCUCCCUCAAUUUUUCGGGACGAUUAGACACGGCCUUUUUAAAUAUGGUCAUUCUUUGGUGAAACUUUUUUUAUUUUUUCAGGAAUUCUACCAUUUUGCAAAGUUUUUCCAAACUGAAUACUAUUUUUAAGUCGAAGUAAAGCUUUUAAAAUUAAAUUCAUUGUCAAAAAAAGUUGGUAUUAAAAUUUAUAAGAGGCGCUAUUGUAAAUAUGUACAUAAAAUAUUGUCUUAAUGUGUUUCUUAAUGAAGAAACUUAGGUAUAGUUUUAUGGUAAAGUUUAUCUUUAUUUACGACCUAUUUAUAUGGUUAAACUGAGGAUAAAAAUUAUAUCUCAAAUAAUGUUCUCUAAUGCAAUAAUGAUUUGCCAUAAAGAAUUAACUUGGCACAAUUAAAGAAAAGAAGAAAGUUUAGAACAUUGUUGAAUCGUGCUACAUACUUGUAAAAUUCAUUCACCUUCGUUUAUUUAUUGCUUAAUAAAUGUACUAUCCUCGUAUGCAAAUUUAGUUUAAUUAUGCGAUGUUGUAAAUAUAAAUUU